AUGACGGAUAUCAGUGGUUGGUGGAUCGACUCUGGUGCGACUAGGCAUAUCGCAAAGGAUAAGAAAGGAGUCAUAGAAUUCACAGAGCUUAAGAAAGGAGAACAGAGAAUCUAUAUGGGAAAUAAUACCUAUCUCGAUGUAGAAGGUAUCGGUUCGUAUAGAUUGGAUCUUGGGGAUAGUAUUCUUGUUCUCAAAGAUGUGUUCUAUGCGUCAGGAAUUCGGCGUAAUCUGAUCUCUGUUCCCAGCUUGAUGAAGAAAGGACUGGAAGUCAGUGUUGUUCCUACUAAUGACCCUGAUAUUGAGAAUGAACUUAACCUUGAAAAUGAUAAAAUACCUAUGAAAAAUAAUGUACCUAAUCAACCGAUUGUAGGCAACAAAAGGGUUUUAGGCAAUGAGUCGCAACAUUCGGUUGCAUGCAAGGUGUUUGUUGAAAUUCUUGUGGAAGACAGUCGCCUUGAUGUCUGUGCUUAUACAAUAUUUCUACGUUCCUAUGCGAGGUCGGGAGUAUUUGGGAAGGCUAGAAACUACCCUGAGGAAUUGAGAAUUCUGAAAGAAAUGGCGGAAUGCAAUUGUGAAGCUGAUGCUAUUACUUACAACGAGUUAGUUGCUACCUAUGCUAGAGCUAGUUUUGUGAUGAAGGAGCUGCUUAUAGUCAUAAGUGCUUAUGUGGAAGCUGAGAGAGAGGAUGAGGCAUUGUAUUUAUUCUACAGGGUGAAGGAAUUGGGUUGUGUUCCUAAUGCUUGCACUUAUAACACUGUUCUUGGCUUGCCUGGAAAGAAAUCGAGGUCAGGAGAGAUGUUGGAGGUUCUUCUUGAGAUGAAGUCUAAUGGUUGCAUACCGAAUAGAGUCACUUGGAAUACUAUGUUGGCAAUGUGUGGAAAGAGAGGAAUGGAGAGCCCUUGUCUUACAACCUACAAUGCUUUGUUGAAUGCAAUUGCAAGAAAUGGUGAUUGGAGAGCUGCAGAGUCAGUUAUGGAUGACAUAAGGAAGAAGGGAUUCAAGCCAAAUGAGCUCUAUUACUCUCUUUUGCUCCAAAGUCAUGCAUAG